AUGGCUGUUUGUUACACAGAUUCUCCAGCAUCCACCUGGGUAAACUUCGCCACUGCGGAGGAAGGGGUAUGCUUGGCUCCAUACCAAGAGAUAAACAGCAAGCUGACAUACGAGGGUCGUGUUCUGAUAAAAAUUGGACAUGCUAAUGUUUUAGGAUGGACUCCACGAGAGCUUAGGCAGCUUCUGCACAAUAUUCUUGUAGGAGCUACCCUACAAAGCAGAGUUUACAGAGAUUUUGUUGAAGUACCUCAAUGCUGGCAAAGUGCAGUUGAAUUAAUCCCUAAAGCAAAGCUUCCUGUGAUGACAGCAGACACAAGUGAAGAUGCUGAGGAUGAAGAUGACACCGGGUCCAGUAGCGAUGAUGAUGUAGACUUGGAAACUUUUCAGUAUAAAUCUUCCCAGUCACACUGUUUUUUACAUUCAGUGUACAGAGCCGGACUUAUCAGAUACCAUUUUCAGUGGAAAAAACCCCAGCACAACAUGUAUGAACUCAGCACUUUAUUUGAUGAGUGCAAGCCCACAAUUACUCCAGAUUAA